UACCCCAGAGGGAGGCGCCGAGGGGACCAAGCGAACAUACAGGAAGUCAGAGAAAGAUCUGUGAUAAGCAGGAGCACCGAUAGAAGAGACGGCCAGACACCUUUAAAGACAAUUUCUCUCUGCACCAGAUGGAUCUGCCUCGGCCAGAGAUCUUUGACUUCCAUGGUGUCUCUAUGACACAUUACUUUACGGACAACUGGGAAAAUGUCCAGAACUUCAAAGCCAGACCAGAUGACAUCGUCAUUGCCACUUACCCCAAAGCAGGUACCACUUGGGUUGCCUACAUUCUCGACCUACUGUAUUUUCGUCAGACGAUGCCUGAGCGCGAGUCCACCAUCCCAAUUUAUGACAGAAUCCCGUUUUUGGAGAUGGUUAUGCCCCACUACCCUUUAGGGACAGAGAUGGCUAACACAUUGUCCACCUCUCCUCGCAUCAUCAAGACUCAUUUACCUGUUCAGUUCAUUCCCAAAUCCUUCUGGGAGCAAAACUGCAAGAUUGUCUAUUGUGCUCGCAAUGCCAAGGACAAUGUUGUGUCCUAUUUCCACUUCGACCGCAUGGAAAAGUUACAACCUGAGCCAGGAGACUGGACCAGUUUCCUACAGAGAUUCAAAGAAGGAAAGAUGGUGUUUGGCCCCUGGUAUGACCAUGUGUGUGGGUGGUGGGAGAAGAAACAGACGUACUCCAAAAUGCACUACAUGUUCUUCGAGGAUCUGGUGGCGGACACUGGACGUGAGAUAAAGCGCCUUUGCUCCUUCCUCGGUUUGUCCACGUCAGAUGAAGAAAAGGAGAAAAUCAGAGGAGCUGUUCAGUUUGAUGUCAUGAAGGCGAAUCCUAUGACUAACCUCACUGAAGACGGAAGUCUAGACUUCAGUGUCUCUCAAUUCCUGCGAAAAGGUAAAGUUGGGGACUGGAAGAACCACUUCACUGUGGCUCAGAAUGAGCAGUUUGACGAACACUACAAGCAGAAGAUGAAGAGCACCAGUCUCCAAUUCCGAACAGUGCUAUAGAGAGUUUUUGUGGAGGGGUAAAGAGAGGUUUAAUCAAAACCAAAAUGAGGCUUCAGCACAAAAAUACAUCAGCAUUGAGAGAAAGAGGGAACACAUUUCAGUCUUCAAAGAACACCAUGGACUCAAAAAUGCUUCGCAAUCAUGUACUGAAUACAUCUGCACUAUGGCACUGAAUUAUCAAGAUAACAACUACAAGGAUACUGUCAGUAAGUGACAAGAGACCAACCCAGCAAAAGGGUGGGAUGGGCGGAAUCAUGACACCUGAUUGGAUCAUGGGACAGCACAACGACGUUUAAGUGAGCAGAUAUACUCAGUUCUGGAAUCACAGGCAAGCAUGAAACGGGGUGCACAAACUUUAAACCAGUCGUAGUAUUUUCACAGUCUGUAUUUGUCAGGAUUCUAAGCCAGCUAACGCAUCUUCAGGCAUUAACCAAAAAACAGGUAACACAGAGUUUGAGUAUAAGAUCAAGGUAGGAUCACAUUUUCUUAAAUUCCCUCUUUGAUUAUGCUUAAAGUAUUGUACUAGAUAGUGCUAGUGUCAUUUGGGAUGUGCCCCAAUGUUAAAAACGCUUCAGUCCGAUAUUACUAGAAUAUUUAGUUUUAUUAUCUAAAAAAAUAGCUGACUUCCUUUAAUGCCAGUCCUUGCUUGGAAAUGCACGAUUCAAGAUUGUCAUUCACAGUAAAUAAAUUCCAUGUAACUCCAAACACAGCAUAUUCUUAUUUACAGUCAACAAAAAUAGCGUAUUUACAUUUUCUUUUAUGUUACACACAUACUCGUGUUGGCUUUUCUCAUGUAUUGCUCAAGCAUACAUAAUGUUGUUGUAGUGGACAGCAAAUACAGCCGUCUUGGGAGAUAUGUCCUUCUGUCUUCCAUGUAAAAUACUAUGCAAAAUAACACAACAAAUAUUCUUAAAUUCUGAUGGAUUCCAGCUUGAACUUUCACCUAUGCUGUCACCAGAUGGUGCAGCCCAAGUAAUUUAAGACCAAUUCACAUCAUAAUGAUAUUAUAAUUGUUUGAAAUCAUCUCUGGUCUCCAAUGAAACCUUGCUACAGUCUGGGACAACCCAAGGUUGAAUAGCAGUAGCUUCUGUUUGACUGUUCAGGCAGGAGCAAUGUGAACCAAACAGGCUAAUUUUAACAGGAGAACUGCACUGUUUAAUGAAACAGAAGGAUGGAUUAGAGGUCAAUUAAAUAUUGUGCCUCCCGCAAAUGCUCACGGAUAUCACAUUUGUCCAACAGCCAAAUCUAAGUGGAGCAAUAUAUGAAAAUAUUUCAGACAUAAAGAUGUCAUAUUUGUACAGUAUAAUUAAGGCCGAGCUCCCUAUGAAAAAGGCUGAGUGCAGAAGACUAAAAUGCAAAUAGGUAAUCACUGUAGAUUGAUCCAGUUUAUUAAGUUUAAUAUGCAAAGGAAAAAAAAUACUGCUCUCCUGGGAUUUUGCCAAAGUUGUUAAGAAUCUAUUGCUUACCAUAUCAGAUCAAAACAUCUGGCAUAAAUCUUCUCAAGACCCUUCCUCAACAGUAAUCAUAAAUAGAAACCAUUUUAAUAACGCUGACUGACCAUCACUUGUGUUCUAUCUGCUCUGUACUGGUUCCUAAGGUGGUUCAUACUGGUGUCUAUUUACUGUAAAAGUAACGGAAUACAGUUACUUUUGUAUCUGGAUUAUCAGAUAUAUUGUUGUAUUCCAUCACUACCCAACCCUGCGUUGAAGACACCCAUUGUUACCUCAAAAAGCCUAUUUUCUUCAGCCCUACAACCUUUUAUUUUACUUUUUUGACUGUCACAAUUUUCAUGUUAGCUUGACCUCAUGCCAUGUAAGACUAAAAAUUAAGAGGUUGUGCUACCUUAUGUAUUAUAAAAUCACCAUAACCUCUGUAAAUAUAUGCUUUGGGUAUGAAGGCAAUCAUCUUUCUGUGAAGCUGCUUUGUGACAACAUCCGUUGUAAAAAGCGCUAUACAAAUAAAUUUGAUUUGAUUCGA